AUGGGGAUCAAGUUGAUGUCUAUCCUAAUGCUGCAAGUCACUUUGGUAGCAAUAAGCAGAGGGGUCCCAAGGAAUGGUUCCAGCUCGAAACAGAAUUUUGGUCCCAAGUUUGCAGUAAAAAGCAUUCAGAGCGAAGAUGGGGAUGUAAUUGAUUGCAUUGGCAUUCACAACCAACCUGCUUUUAAUCAUCCUGCGUUGAGAAAUCACAAAAUCCAGAUGAGACCAACCUAUGAUCCAAUAAUGGUGACAAAAAAUGAAAAAGAAACCCGGGAAGCAUCUGAUCAUAAAGGAAACAGAGACUUGUAUAUUACCACUACAGCACAGAUAUGGCAUAAAAGUGGAAGCUGCCACGAAGUGACAAUUCCCAUCAGGAGGGUGCCAAGGAAAAACAAAAACAAAGUAACUACAGUUGAUGGUCAUGCAAGAAAAAAACCGACUAUCUCCCCUUACCGGUGUAAGGACAACAAAAGUAUGAACCUUCUACGAGCGAACCACUCGUUGGCAAUACUUCACACUGACGGGUAUGCAUAUUUUGGAGCCAAAGGAGAUAUUAAGGUCUGUUAUCCUUCUGUGGAACUGGAUGACGAGUACACUACUUCUCAGGUUGCUCUCAAAAGCGGCCCUUACAACCAGUAUGAAGCCAUAGAAUCAGGACGGGCGGUGAAUCCAAGUGUUUAUGGGGACAGACAAACAAGAUUUUUCACAUAUUGGACGAUUGAUGCUUCAGUAGAAACUGGUUGCUUUGAUGCUACUUGCCCUGGUUUUGUACAAAUUGGCAAGGAUAUAGCACUUGGUGCUGCAAUAUAUCCCAUAUCAAAGCCUAAUGAACUUCCAUAUCAAAUCACUAUCUUCAUCUUUAAGAGUUUAAACCAACUCCACUAA